AAUGGAGGAGAAGUUGGAUUAUCUAAUUGAAUUAGUGCUCUCGCAACGUAAAGGUAGUGAUUCUGAGGAUUCAUUAUCAGAUGAGCAUCUUGCUUCACCACACCAUACAUUUAUUAUGGAGCACGUUGUUGGAGAAGAUAGCCCUAGCUGUAAGGUGGUAUCUCCUGGAGAUAUGGCUGGGGUGGAAUUCAAGAGAAGGAGGGUUCCAAUGAAAAGAAUUUUUGGUUCCGAGUUUACUGAUCCAACUAAGAAGAAAAAGAAAGCAAAGACAAUUGUAACUGAUCCUUGUGAAAUUAAUCCCCUACAGCCAUAUGACGAAAAGCAAAUGAGACGUUUUAAGAAAUGGGUAAUUGGUUUAAAAAAGAAUGAUAAGCCUAUUUCUCUCUUGGCUGGUUCGUGCACUGCGAAAUGGUUUAUUCAGCUACUUACACCACGUACAUGGCUGGACGGACUGCACAUUGAUGCAGCUUUAGGGUUGAUGAAAGAACGAGUGUACACUUACAAGAAGACUUACUCCGAAAGAUUCACCAUCGUGGAUUCUAUGUUCCAACAGUUCUCGAACCACAUUGGGAACAAUUCAACAAGAAGAAAAUCAAAUCAAGCUACAUUUGGCCACAAGAAGUGCUUGAUUACUUGGUAGGUGAUGAUAACAAUUUCAAAAGGAGU